CGACUAACCGCUCUCUCGGAGUCGUGCCGCGGCACCCCCGAGGUAGCCUCUCAGGCACUCCGUCUAGGUCCGCUGCACGUAGGAGCUUCUGAGUGCCGCCACACACACCGCGCCCGUCUCCUGUGGGGAAUCCGGCCGCAGGUUUUUAAGCAACAGUUCUGAAGAGAACCAGAGGAAAACUGAGGCGAUGUCUUCCUCCAGACUCAUUCCCCUGUGGAAGGAUUUUAAAUGCCUUGUAAAUGACACCAUAGAGAAAAGCAAGAAACCUUCAAAUGACCCAAAGAAUGACAUAGUUGUGCUGAGUGACCGGUCCCAGAUACUGUUCAAAGAAUCUCGCUAUCCUCAAAAUAUGCCAUUCAUAAGCCAUUAUGUGAGUGAUUCCUACUUCUUUGCCUCCCUCUCUUGGGUGACACCAUACACGAAAGAAAUACAGGCUGUAGUAUGGAUGAAGAGCAAAACUGAGGACAUGGUUGAGAAGAGAACAUUCUCCAUGACUGAACGAUUGCCGCCUAUUCAGGCCAUGGUCCACACAGGUUCCUUUCAUAUCCUCGUGGCCUACUGUGGUGACCUGCUCCUGCGGCUCUUUGGAGACCACUUUCGGGCAUUUAAGCCUCUAGGCAUAGUACCCUGCCGCUUCAACAUCAGUUGCCUCUGCUAUGACCCAGAAAUGAAGAUGCUUCUGUCUGGCAUCAUGGGGGCAGUGAUCACCUGGCUCAUUGAGCGAAGUGGCAAGGGCCUCCAAAUACUCUACAUGGUUUCCAUGCCUAAUGAUGAGCUUGUCCAGGACAUCGUGCUGAAUGGACCCAAUGGCUCCCUCAUAGCUCUCUGUGAGACGGUGGUAAGAAUCCUUGAACGCCAGGGCCAGGGUAAGCUGGCAGAGGUAAAGAAGUUCACUUCCACCACCAGGGGCUCCUCUAUCACCUGCUGCUGCACCUGUUUUGAUCAGGGCCUUCUCUAUGCUGGACACAAGGCUGGGGAAAUACAAGUUUGGAACCUCAAUUGGGGCCAGUCCCUCCACAGCUUCAAGGCCCAUGCCUUAUCUGUGAUAUGUAUCCACAGCCGGCCAGAGGCCCACACCCUGCUAACAGCUGGCAAGGAAGGCUUAAUCAAAGAGUGGAACCUUACUUCCGGGAACCUGCUGCGGCGGCUAGAACUGGGUGAGGAGCUGCAUAGACUCCAGUUUAUUGAUAGCACAACUUUCUUCUGCCAAACUAACCAUAGUUUUUCCUUGCGCUGCCUGCCCUGUUUCUAUAGCCUCUUCAAUGUCUGUGGUUCUGCUCCACAGCAGGUGCGUCGGGUCCGCUGUGGAGAUAACUGGUUCCGGAUCCUGUGCGCUACUGAGGAUGGCUUGUUACAUUUUGUGUCCCCAGUAACAGGGAAUCUUCUGGUUAUCACCUGGCCCUUCUCAAUUCUGGACCAAGCUGUGGACUGGGCUUAUGACCCAGGUAAAGAGGAGCUCUUUGUGGCAACAGGCGGCUCAGAGGUGCUGGUAUUUGACACAACUCGUUGCCCUUGUCCAGCCAAGUAUCUCCUAAGCACCUCACCAGAUUCUAAGGACUUUGUACAAUGCCUGGCUUAUGGACAUUUCCACCUGGGGCGGGGGCUAGAAGGACUGGUAUUCUCUGGGCACCAGAGUGGUGUGAUAAGAGUACUUUCCCAGCACAGCUGUGCCCGAAUAGAGAAAUUCAUGCAUUUUGGGGCUGUAUUAGCACUCUCUACAAUGUCUGGAGGGAUUCUGGGUGGCCGAGAAAACUCUUUGCUCUGUUCCUAUGGCGUGGAUGACUAUGUACACCUGUCAGAAGCUGUGCUUGAUGGGAUCAGAGUACAGCUGAGGCCACUGGCUAGCAUUCUCAGCAGCUGUCACCUUAAGCACCUUAUCCUCUUGCCCAAAUCUGUGGGUGCCAUCACAGAGACUAACUGCCUGCGUCUCUGGAAGUUCCAUGAUUUUCUGUCCUCUGGGUUGCAGGAAGGCUCAAAGUUCAUAGAGACAUUGCCUCUGCACCAGUGUGCCAUUGUGUCCUUUGAUGUCUGCCUACCUUUGAGUCUUUUUGUCACAGGUGGCGUUGAUGGCUCUGUCCGGAUCUGGGACUUCCAUGGUAGACUGAUAGCCAUGUUGGACUCAUCACUGCACUUUGGCCCCCUCUGUUUUGCAAAUGACCGAGGCGACCUGCUUGUGACUUUCAACCAGAGUCUGUAUCUGGUAUCCUGUUUAAAACUGCUUCCCCCAAACAUUCUGUCUUGCUUUUCCCUUAUGAGUAUAACAGAUGAAGUAGUAGAAACCCCUAAACCUUUCAUACCAAGCUUCUUCUUCUCCUUUGAGACCAUGUUUGUGCCCAAAUAUGUCUACCUUGGACAAGGGCAACAGGAAUUAGCGGGUCUGGAGAGCCUUAUCAAUAAGCGGGCCAUUGCCUUUGACCAUUCUGUGCCACAUGUCAUAGAAGAAGAUGAGGCAGGGAGCCCUGUGCUACUGCGUACCCCCAGACGUGAUUCUUUAGAAGGGGUAGAAGCUGACUGGACGCAGACGAGCAAACCUCAGCAACCUCAUUAUGUGGUUCCUCCCCAACUGCAGCUGACUAGCUGGGAUGGACUCAAUCCCUAUCAGAUAUUGCGAUGCUACUUUGGUCAUGGGCGGGAAUGGCUUCUUGCCCCUGAUUGCUACAUCCCCAACUCAGUUAUUCGUGCCCGUCUUUGGCCAGAAGGCAGCCCAAUUUUCCUACAAUGUAGCCUGCACUCGCCCCAGCGGGAACUGGAAUGGGACAGGUCUCAACAAUUCUUCUGGCACAGCAGGGUAAGAGCUAUAAGUGAUGUCGGAGAAUAUUCUGAGGAGAAGGAAGAUGAAGACUUCCUAGGAACGAGACUAUCCAAGGACACAACCUAUAGUGUCCUUACAGACACAGCAAACCGCAGCUGGCUGGGAAGAAAGAUGAGUGAAAUCGCUGUUAAUAGCCUGAUUGAGACAAUCCUCAGUGUCAUGAUCCAUGCUUCCCCACUGAAGUACCAAUGCUGUGUUGGCGCACUUAGGCAAAUAUUUGCCUCUUAUCAGGUGUCUCCUUCCCUGCGCUCUGAGACAGCCCAUCGUCUGUUGGAUGAUACGACUAAUUCCAACCCACAGAUUCGAGAACUGGCCUGGGAAGGGCUAAAGUGUCUAGGAAUGAUUACUCAUCUCUUUGCCUUGCCUCUGGCCCAAGGAUUAAUGGACAAAGACCAAAGAGUGAGGAGUAAGGCCCUGAGCCUAAUGGCUGAGAUUGGGAUCCAUUCCAAGGCCUCACUCUUAGAGCUAAUCCAGAGAAAAGACACUUACCGAGAGAUGCAGCAAGAGAUGAUAGGGGAGGAAUCCCUGGACCAUCUGCUGGGGAUGCGGCCCACAGAUCUUCAAAUCCUUCAGGCUCAAGUGGAGCAGCGAUUGAAUGAAAACCUGACCUUGUCAGGAGAUAAAAGGCCUGAUUUUUCUUUAGAUGUUUCCGGGGCUUAUGAAAAUAUAUACUCGCCUACACAACUUCCCACAAUUGCUGAAGAACCUGGAAUGGCCAUGAAGCCCAGCAAGGCCCAAAGACGGGGCCGAGCAAUGGGCAAAAAACAGACUCGAAAACUGUUGAGGGGUCUCAAGAAGAUGAAAGAGGUAGACUUAAAACCGAUGACCACAGAGCCCUCAGAAAAAGAGGUUGAAAGUGAGCAGAGUGAAGCUACACUAUUUGAGAGCCUAGAAGAUAUCAUCAUUCGUUCCGGAAGGACUUCAGUCAGCAGUAUGAAGUUCUCAAGAGAUGCUGAAUCUUCAGAGGAAGAUGUUUCAAAGGAACACAUUGCUUUGACGCUGAAGAUGCUGAGGAAAGUACGUGACAAAAGAGACAGAAAACUGACAGUUCAGAAACCCGUGAAGGGGCACAAGAAGAGGAGAAAGGAAGACAAAGCUGUAACUGAGGAACCUCCGUCUACUGUAAUAGAACGACCCAUUGUGAGAAAGGCUAAAGCUCAUGGACGAGGUGUCACUGGAGUGCCUGGCCACAAGAGGACCCCUGGACGUGGCACAUCAUGGCGAGAUGAUUUAUGUCGCCUUAUGGUCCUGAGGGUAUCUGAAUCCCAAACAAAACUGUCAGAAGCUUUAAACAAUGAACUAGUGGCUAUGGCUAAGGAGAUCUUGGCAGAUCGGUACCCCAGCUGGGAGCUCUUCCAGCAGAUAUGCCCCUUGUUGAAGAAAGAAAGCAAGGUUGUAUUUGAAGACUUUGACUGGGAUGUAGCCUGGCCAGAGGAGAAACCAAUUUUUAUUCAUGAGGAGAUUAUUAGAGAGGACAUGAUGAUCAGAGACAUGGAAGAGGAGCAAAAGGAAGAGGAGCAAAAGGAAGAAAGUGCCAUGCAGGACUUGGAAGGAACCCAAGUUGUUCCCAAAAAAGGCAAGAAAAAGAAACUUACCUUUUUAGAAUCAGGUGACGUAACCAAAGGAAAACGAAAAUCAAAGAAAGAAAAGAAAGAAGAGAAAAAAAUGUCUAAGGUGUCACCUAAACAACAGAGGAAAGCAGCUCAGGAAGAGAGGAAAGCAGCUCAGGAAGAGGGGGAAGCAGCUCAGGAAGAGGGGGAAGCAGCUCAGGAAGAGGGGGAAGCAGCUCAGGAAGAGAGAAAAGACAGUAAAAAGAGGAGGAAAAUAUCCAAACAAGACAGGGAGAAGAGUGAGGAAGUGGGGGCAAUGGCCAGACCUGAAAGAGUAGUAUUUGAGGCAAAAGAAGAACCAGCUACACCUGAAAGAAAGCUGUCUUUGGACGAAUGGAAGGACUACUGGGAUCAAUGGAAAAAGGCCCAAAGUGUGAAGAAAUCCUUGGAUAAAUGGAAGCAAGAUUGGGACAGGAGGCGUCCUCAGGAAGAGCAGCAACAGCUGCAGGAUGAAGAGGAACCAGUCCCAGAGGAGGAGGAAAUACAGGAGGGGGCCCACAAGAAGAUGAAAUGGGAAAAGUGGAGACAGGCCUGGGAAAAUAUGUUUUUAUCCAAGCACAAGGAUGAAGAAAAAUUGAAGCUGGAGAAAGAAUUGCUUCAUAAAGGGGAGGAAGAGGAGGAGGAGAUCACAGAAGAGCAGAGACAAAUCCAGGAAGAACGAAAAUGGGCCAUGAUACAGAGCGAACAAGCCCGGGCUGCAAGAAAAUAUGCCAAAGAAGGGAGGAAACUAGCACAACAAGAAGAGAAACUCGCAAAAGAAGAGAGAAAACUGGCCCAAGAAGAGAGAAAACUAGCCCGAGAAUACGUGAAAAUGGUCCAUGGAGAUGGAAAAGUGGCCCAGAAAGAGAGGAAGUCUGCCCAGAAAGAGGAAAAGCUGGCCCAAAGACAGGAGAAGAUAAGCCAGGAAGCAGAGCGAUUGGCGCAGAAAAUGAGGAAAUUGGCAAAGAAACUGGAGACAGUGGCUCACGAAGAAGAGAAGCUAGCAAAGAAAGGAGGUAAAGUGGCUGAGGCAAAAAUAAUAACGGCCAAGAAAAUGGAAACACUGGCUCAAAAGGAGCAAAAUCUGGAACAGCAAGAAAAGAAGUUGGCCCAGGAACUAGCGCAACUGGAUUGGGACACGGAAGAAAUGGCUUGGAAAGAACAGGAGCUGGAUAAAGAAAAAAAGAAAGUGGCUGAGGAAAAGGAGAGACUGGUUCAGCAAGAGAAGACACUAGCCUGGCAAGAAGAGAAGCUGGCUAAGAAAGAGAAAAAACUGAUCUUGGAAGAAGGGCUGCUAAUGCAGAAAGAGGAGAAAGACAAGGCAAAAACCCCUCAGGAAGAGGCAAAACUGGCCAAGAGAAGAGAACAGCUGAUUCAGAAUAAAGAGAAACUAGCCAGGGAAAGGGAAAAAAUGGUCCAGAACAAGAAAGAACUCACACAGAACAAGAAUAUAAUGGCUCAGAAGGAAGAGAAUCUGGCUUGGGAAAGACAGAAUCUAGCUCAGGAUAAGGAAAAAAUGGUUCCGAAUAAAGAGAACCUCCUCCAUCUCAAAGAGAACCUCAGGAAGAGCAGAGAGCAGUUAUCUCAGGCAAAGAAGGACCUGGACAUGUACACGCAGAAACUCGUUCAAGUAGAGGAGAAGCUAAAAGAGGAAAGGCAAAUAGUGGCCCAGAAAAAGGAGCAACUGGCUAACACAGAGAAAAAACUGGCUCUCAGAGAGGGCAAUCUGGCUAAAAAACAGGAGAAACUGGCCCAGGAAAAAAUGAAAUUAGCUGCGGGGAAAACAUCCAUAUUCCAAGAAAGGAAACUGCUCAAAGAAGAGUUGAAUAUUGCUAGGGAAGAAAAAGUAUUACACAAGGAGAUAGAGAAAGUGGCCCAAGAGAAGGCAAGACUGGCCAAGGAAAUGGAAAUUCUCUCCAAGGGAGGGAUUCAAAAGCCCUCCAGAGAGAGAAAACUGUCUGAGGGUGAAAUAAAUUUAAUUAAAAAUAGAUUGUUGCAAGAGGAGAAAAUACUGUCAUAUGAAGAUAGGAUACUGGCCACUGAGAAGAAGGACAUUGCCAGGGGAAAACUGGAGCUUACUAGAGGACAGAGAAUGUAUGCCCAGGAAGAAAGGAAAUUAGCCAAAGCAGUAAGGAAGAUGGUUAAAGAAAAGAUGGACAUUUCCGGGGAACCAACAAAAGCGAAGAAAGUCUUAAAGGCACUUCGAAAACUAAUUAGUGAUGAAAGAAAAAUAACCCAGGAAGAAUUAAAGAUGGCAAAGAUAAAGAGGUCACUGUUUGUUAAGGAGAACAGAUUGACCAAGGAACGGGAUAGACUUGAUACCAAAGAAUGGGAUUUUUCUAUGGACCAGUCAGACAUGACCAAAAAUGAGAAGAAACUGGCUCAGAAGCAGAGAAAACUGACCAAGGAAAUAAGAAGAAUAAUAAGCCAAGAGAAAAAAAUGGCUAAGGAGGAAAGCAGAUUGGCCAAAGAACAGAGAGAAGUCCUGCAGGAUGAAGAAGGAUUAGAAGAAGAAGAAAAAGAGGAGGCCAUCCAAUCCCUUAAACAAAGGCGGAGAAAGAAAAAACGGCUACAUGGAGUUGAUACAAGAAAGGGAAAGCUUUCCACUGAACAGGAUGAGCUAGGAAUUGAAGAAAGCUUUUCCAAGGAAGUAGAAAGGCUGUUAGAUUCAGUAGAGCAAGAGAGUUCCUCUGAGGAGGAGAAGGAGGGACAGUCAGAAGGGGAGGUAGAGGAAGAGGAGGAAGUGGAAGAGGAGGAGGAGGAGGAAGAGGAAGAGGAGGAGGAGGAAGAAGAGGGGCUGGUGGAAGAAGGGGAGGAGGAACAGGUGGUGGAGAAAGAAGGGAUGGAGGAAGAGAAGGAGGGGGAGGAGAAGGAAGAGGAAGAAGUGCCUGAGGAGGAAGAAGUGUCUGAGGAGGAAGAAAGCAUCAGUGAGGGUGAGACGGAAAGUUUAAGUGAAAUAGAAGAGGAGGAAGAGGAAAGAAGCUCAUUGGAGGAAGAGGUACGCCCAGAGAAAGAGAUCUUAAAAAGGGAAAAACAAUUUAAGUUACAAGAAGAAAGAAGAAAGGCCCCUAGGGGACGGGAAACAGUCCCUUCUAUUGGAAAAACAGUCCCUGAAAUCAAAGGCACUGCUAUAAAACUGGGAAUUCUGAAAAGCCCUUCCAAGAAACUGAUCUCAGCAGAUUUGGGGAUGGGAGGGAAGAUACCAGCGCCACUACCUGUCAAACAAACAUCCUGGGACGAUAAGGGCAUAGUCCUCGAGGCACCCAGGACAUUCUCAAGGAUUAGGUUUAUGGAUAAAGAAAGAGAACUGUUGGAGGAAUAUAAACCUGUACCUCUACACGUUUUGGAUACAAUUUUGGAGUCCCAAGAUCAGGGCUUAAAGACUCCACUCAUUUCCCAAAUACUUAGGAAGACCAUGGAAGCUCAGAAACUCCAGCACAAACCACCAGGUCCCAGGCGGAAGUGGCUUUUGAGGCAUCGUCCAGCCCUGACAGAACAGACUAAAAAACAGUUCCCUUUUUCCCAAAUCCUGACAGAGGAACAGUUUCCGGAGGUGAGUCUCUCUGAUACAGAGUGGAUCCACCAUGUCCUCGAAAGGAUGGAAGCAGGAGAAAAGCUUUCUAGGGAUAGUUUUCACAGAUUGUGUCAGCUCCUCAAAGACCUUACCUCAAAGGGAAACUUAGAGUGGCUGCAUCUGGCCAAGCUUGAAGCCAUUGUGUACCAUCACAUGCAGGCCCUGGAGUCACGAAGUCCGGGGAUCUCAAAACCCAGCAAGGGGUCCCUAAGUCCAAAACAUCUAAAGGUGAUUCCUCCUAUAAAAGGAAAGGAAAGGGAGAGUUGGCUGAAACCUUUGGAUGUCCUGACAUCAAAGUCUCCAUUAGCUACCAAGAGGAUAUUUGACCCAAAGGCUCUAAACUGGCAUCUUCUGGGAGAACCUUACAGAAGCGGGCGGGCACAGCAGUUAUCCGAUGCUGUUAAAGAGAUGGAUAUGCAAUACUUUUAUCCUACCACAGGAGACACUUUUCAAAGUCCCCAUACCUCUGUGGAAAAGCAAACUUUGGCCCUGAUGUUUCAAAAGGACUUAUGGGAUUUUAAGGACAAGGGCAAGUUUCCCAAAUUGCCUAAGUUGGAGAAGAAGACACAGCCCAUCUCAAAAAAAAGGGAAGAGCUGCCUCCAUGGGAGACAUUUGUGGCACUGUACUAUGUGUUGCGGAUGCUGCAGCAGCGAUAUGCCAAAGACACGGCUGCCUGGAUGGAACAGUUCUAUCAGCUCAUGGACCUGUACCAACUUAAGUCUCCUCAAAUCCAGAGGCUGCUACAGGAUCUGCUACUGAGGGAGGAACCUCAAUCCCAGGAGAUCACCUACAGAGAGGCACUAAAUACCAUGGAGCUAGUUCCCGGGGAGCGGUUAUUUUAUCACCUGUUUUGUGGUAGGUCUCAUAUCCCCAAAAAUCCUCCAGAGUUCCAGGAUGUGAUACCUCUCCCUGGACAGAACAACGUGCGUACCAUCCAUUCCAUGGGCAUUGCUCAUUAUGGGAUCUUGGAACUUGCCUGGAAGAGCCUGCCCCAAGCUGAUAUUCAUCUAACCAAGGAAUUGCCCCACAUCAUUGCUCCCACUUCCUGAUUUCAGACUGACUAGAAAACAGGGUUUUUCAUUCCAAACUAGAGAAGGUAUUGGUCACUAGAAUCUAGACCUUCAUCCAUAGGGCCCACACAGAGAUAGAGCCAGGUCAAAGCCCUUUCCCUAUUCUACCCUGGAAACCAGUUUCUAUAUGCAGAAUAAACAGGAGGUUCUUGCUUGGA